AUGAUCGCUGGAUGCACCGAUGGAAGUCGCAUUAUAUGGGACUUUGAGACCCGGGGCGUCGCAAAAGAGCUCCGUGACAAAGAAUGCACUGCUGCAAUUACGAGUGUCUGCUGGUCCACAUAUGGCCACCGCAUGCUUGUGUCUGCUUCUGAUAAAUCUCUUAUUCUUUGGGAUGUUCUAAGUGGAGAGAAGAUAGCACAUACAACUCUGCAGCAUACAGUUCUACAAGCUCGUCUUCAUCCUGGUUCCUCGACUCCAUCUAUUUGCCUGGCCUGCCCUUUCUCAUCAUCUCCCAUGAUCGUUGACUUGAACACUGGAAGCACAACAGCUCUUCCAGUUUUGACUGCCGAUGUGAGCAACGGAAUUGCUCCUCUGCCCCGUAACAAGACAUCAGAUACAUCAGUAACUUACUCUCCGUGCAAUGCAUGCUUUAACAAGCAUGGGGAUCUGGUUUAUGCAGGAACUUCAAGGGGAGAAAUUCUUAUAAUAGAUCACCAGAAUGUCAGAGUGUGUGCCAUCGUCCUUGUUUCUGGUGGCUUUGUUAUAAAAAAUGUUGUGUUUAGUAGAAAUGGACAGUACAUGUUGACAAAUUCCAAUGACCGGAUGAUUAGAAUCUAUAAGAAUCUUCUACCUCCUAAAGAUGGAUUAAAGAUGCUUGAUGAAUUGAAUGAGAGCUUCAGUGAACCAGAUGAUGUGGAGAAAUUGAAGGCUGUUGGAUCGAAGUGCUUGGAACUUCUCCAUGAGUUUCAAGAUUCCAUCACUAGGGUCCAGUGGAAAGCACCUUGUUUUAGUGGUGAUGGAGAGUGGGCGAUUGUUGGUGCUGCAAGUAGAGGAGAGCACAAAAUUUAUAUAUGGGAUAGGGCCGGGCAUCUUGUUAAAAUUCUUGAAGGCCCAAAAGAAGCAUUGAUGGAUUUGGCAUGGCAUCCUGUUCAUCCGAUUAUCAUUUCUGUUUCUUUGACUGGCUUGGUUUAUAUAUGGGCUAAAGACUAUACUGAAAACUGGAGUGCGUUUGCUCCAGAUUUCAAAGAGCUUGAGAAGAAUGAGGAGUACGUCGAACGAGAAGAUGAAUUUGAUUUGGUGCCUGAAACUGAAAAGGUGAAAGAACCAGAUGUUCAUGAAGAUGAUGAAGUUGAUGUUCUGACUGUGGAGAGGGAUUCAGCUUUUAGUGACUCAGAUAUGUCCCAGGAGGAACUGUGCUUUUUGCCUGCAGUUCGUUGUCUUGAUGGUCCCGAGCAGCAAGACAAGUGUGUUGGCAGUUAUUCCAAGUUGCCAGAUGGUAACCAUUCUGGAUCGCCACUUUCAGUAGAGGCUGGUCAGAAUGGAAAUGGGAGCAACCAUAAUUCAAGCCCCCUCGAACCCAUGGAGAAUUCAACUGCCGAGGACACAGACGGAGCGCGAUUAAAAAGAAAACGCAGGCCUUCGGAGAAGGGGCUGGAAUUGCAGGCAGAGAUGGUCAAGAAACCUGUGAAACCUUUGAAACCGUCUGGUCAAUUGUCGAAAACUAAAUAACCUGUGAUUAAUCCGGAUUCUAGUAAUGGUGUAUAUAGAGACGAUGGUUCUGAUUGAUUCAAUCAAAUUGCAAAUUCUCAUUUCAUUUUCA